AGACAAGCAACAUUGUGUGAAAUAACUGCACAAAACAAUGUGAGGCAUCCGACAAACAUAUCCGUGAGGCCAGUGGGGCGAAAUUUGGUGUUAAUAGGCUUUGGUAGCAGACAACUGACGCAAGUGCCUUUGCUAACAGCACAACUUCACCUGGAGCACCUCUCUUAGGCUUGUGACCAUAUCGGUUGGACUAUAAACGACUGGAAACUGGUGGCAAGAGCUAGUGCUGGGGUUUGAAUGUAGUGUAGACCCUAUGAAGCCAUGGACCCAAGUUGUCAGCAAGGCGUUAUGGAAGCUGGUGGUCAUUCCAUAAUGGUGUGGGCUGUGUUUACAUGAAAAGGACAGGGUCCAGCUGAACCAAUCAUUGACUGCAAAUGGUUAUGUUUGGCUACCUGGUGACCAUUUUCAGCAGUUCAUGGACUUUGUGUUCCCAGGCAAAGAUGGAACUUUUAUGGAUGACAAUGCACCAUGUUACUGGGCCACAAUUGUUUACAACUGGUUUGAAGAACAUUCUGAACAAUUAGAGUGAAUGGUUUGGCCAUUUAGAUUGCCCGAGAUGAAUGUCAUCGAUCAUUUAUGGGAUAUAAUUGAGAGGCCCCGAAACAUGAGUUUAAGUCGGCUGGGUAGUUCCAUGUACAAAUCGUACCAGAACCUUUUGCGAAGAUACCCUGUCGGAGUACAAGCCGUCCAAACGUCGGUAUUUACUGGUGUGGGCGAUGUUAUUGCUCAGCUAUUCGUCGAAAAGAAGGAAAUGAAGGAUUUUGAUGUAAUGAGACUUCUACGUUUUGGUGCCAUCGGAGGCAUUUACAUCGGUCCAGUUCUGCGAACGUGGUUUGGUUUCCUGGAUUCCAGAUUUAAAGGCAGGAGUGCGAUAAUCGUCGUGAAGAAGGUUGCACUUGAUCAGCUGUGCUUCGUUCCUGUUUUCCUAGGCGUCCUCGUGUCAAUUAUUGGGUUUGCAAAUGGAAAAUCUUUAGAUCAGGUGAAAGAGAAACUGGAAGCAGACUACCCGGAUAUUAUGAUGACUAAUUAUAAGAUCUGGCCCUUGGUGCAGACUCUAAACUUCUCCGUCGUGCCAGUCCACUAUCAGGUUCCCCUGGUCCAGGUAGUAGCCGUCGGCUGGAACACGUACAUGUCUUGGAAGGCUCAUCAGCCAGUUCAGAAGAAACAGGAACCCGCCCACGUCGAGUAACUACUGCUGGGAUAUGGCACGGUAGCCGUACCCCUCGAGAUGCUCAAGUGUUCGCUGUGAAACGAACUUUAUCAGUGAACUUAUCUGCAUUGUUUCUGUGACCUUCAACAGCCGCAGAUAACAUUUCAGAGUACAAAACUACAAAUUACAGGAAGGUGCUGAUACUAAAUACAGUAUUCCUUGUGCAAUACGCUAAAAUCAUGGAACCAAGAUUUUUUACCCACUUCAGAUUUGUUUUGUCAGUCAAAUAAAAACACGAUAUUAUCUUUU